UUUCAUAGUCCAGUUCGAAAUCUGUCACGGGGCUUGCCGAUCAGUGUGCGUUAGUGUCAGUAUAAUGAUGUGCACUGGGUCUCCCUAUCUACCAUGCGUUUGCUAUGCUGCUGCUCCUAUGGAUCCUGGGUUUCUUCUUAUCAGUAUCGUCGGAUAUCACUCAUUCGAUUGCAUCGACAUCAUAUAUUCUGAUUUUGACUGCCUUGAGGCGGACCAAAUCACAAAUUUCUAUCUGGACUGAAAUAUGCGUAUCGAAAGGUAUAAAGUCCUCUGUACAUCUCGUCAUGUCGUACAUUACUCCCAAUGCCUGGGCUUACGAGGAUGAUCUGCCAUCCUUUUACCUCGACCUCGAUUGGUACAUGCCGAAGGUCUGCCUUGCGGCCUCCAGCACUCCUGGUGGUGGCGCCAUGAAACGUCCAAUCACGCACGUUUAUAGAGACGAGAUCGAUGAGAUCGAUGAGAUUGGCGAUAUUGAUUAUGUCUUUGGUCGUGAUUGGAAACGAAUGCGUGUGGCUUAUUGCCAAACUCGCCGCCGUCGACCCGCUAUGCAUGCUGCUGUGGCUCUCACCACCAACGCUUCAGGACUUCGUUCAAAGAGGCUGUCUGAUCGCCGUCGCCGUCGCCGGAACGUCAGAUCCACUACUACCGCGUCUUCUGAACUUCUGAAGGGACUUUCCACAUUCAAAUUCAGUUUCUCUUUCUUAAUCAAACCUACCCGGGCAACCGAUGCGCUUCGAAUCAAACAACGGGAACGGUAUCCACCGCGCCGUUUCCCUACUUCCUCGCCGAUCAUGAAAUUGGAAUAUGGGGUCCCACAAAUUUCGUACACUUUGCUGGCUCAUCGUAGGCUCUGCGAUCGACUUGUCUCCGCAAUGGAGUCGAGCGUCGCUGGUCUUCUUCCUUCAUUGUCAGAAUUGAGUACAGUGCCUAGUACGAGUUCAGUCCCCAGCACUGCAUGUGAUAGCUGCAUUUCCCGAUCCAGCAGUGUAUCGUCCGUGUGCUCAGUGGAGAGCCUCGCCGCACAUAGCUGUCACAUACGGGGAUUUUGCGAUGUAUCCCCCCCCGAUUGGAACGAUGUUCGAUUAUAGAGGGUGCAGAAUGGAAUGUUGAGAUGCCAUAUGAUGGUAUCGAGGACUUGGAUGAAUAUUGGGAGUUGCUUGAAUACGCCUCUAUCUGAUUACCCUUCGUUUGAACACGUAUAUUUUUUUCUUCGUCUCAGUCAUUUGUUUCUAUGCCUGUUGGUCAAUGUUUCGAUUCGUUUUCGUGAUUGGAUGAACACAUGCGAU